CAUGACCUACAGUCCGCAAGGAAAUUUGUUCGGGAUCAACGAUUGGUUGAUCUCGUAGAAGGGUUGACUCCUGUUCAGCAGCGGUUUUUCGAAAAUCAGAUUAGGAACGUAAAUCGUAAACCAAAAGGCAGGAGUUUUACGUUUGAGGAAAAGGCAGACGCCAUUGCCAUAUGGAAACAUGGCCCGAAGACGUACAAACUUCUGUCUAAAAUGUUUACGUUGCCGUCUAUUGACACUCUGAGGGCAACCCUAAAUAGAGUUCCAAUAGAACCGGGUAUCAACAAACCCAUAUUCGAAGUUCUCGGAAAGCAAGUACGUCGCAAAAUGGACCCCAAGUACAAUCUGUGUACUCUCAUCUUCGAUGAGAUGUCCAUACAGCCUCACCUUGACUACUUGCCUUGUGAGGACAGAGUUGUGGGUUUUGAAGAUGACGGUACAACAAGGACGGAAAAAAUUGCAGACCAUGUUUGCGUCUUUAUGCUUAGAGGAAUUUUUGGAAGGUGGAAGCAACCUGUUGCUUUUGCUUUUUGUAAAAGUUCUUUAGCUGCCGUAAACAUUGUCCGUUUUUAUAAAGAGAUUGUGAAAGAAGCAACAGCGAUAGGCUUAAACAUCAUUGCUUCGGAAACCAGGCGACGUGCUAUUUUAGAAAAUGAAGAGGAAACUGAAGAGAAUGUGAUAAAAAUUGGUGAUCACAAAGUUGUCCCUCUCUUUGAUCCUCCUCAUCUUCUAAAAAGUAUGCGGAACAAUCUUCUCACCAAAGAUCUGCUUUAUGUAGAUAAAGCAGGUGUGGAGAGAAGAGCUUCUUGGAGUUUUUUUGAAACGGCAUAUGGAUUAGAUCAGACGCUGGGUGACAACCUAAGAAUGAUGCCAAAGAUCACCAUAGACCAUGUGAAGCCUAACUUAAGAGGCAAAAAAAUGAAAGUUCGUUAUGCUUCACAGGUCUUUAGCCGUAGUGUUUCUUCUUUCAUAAAUCUCUGUUCCAGCCGGACAUUUGGGGGAAUCCUGCCGCCUGAUGCUCAAUACACUUCCGAUUUGUUUAUGUUCAUGGAUUCUGUCUUUGACAGUGUUAAUGGAGGAUUUGGAGACUGCGGUGGUAAGAACUUACGUAAAUUGGUAGGAGUUAAAAAUUACCAUCACACUUGUUGGCUAGAAGGGAAACGCAUGUUCAGCAACAUGAGAUUUGUACCACGUAAAGCUGGAGACCGAGCAAAACCCCCAGUUUUACAGGGGUGGUAUCGUACUUUAAAUGGUUUUAUGAUUAUCAAGGAAACUCUAACGAAACUUGGCUAUAACUUUUUCCCUGCAAGAGCUUUUAACCAAGAUCCGUUGGAAAAUUUUUUUGGUCAAAUAAGACAAUAUGGAGGACGAUAUACAAAUCCUACUUGUCGAGCAUUCGUGCCAUUUUAUAAGUCAUUGAUGAUGAAGAAUUUUUGCUCCUAUCAUUCUCGUGGCUCUAAUUGUGAACAAGAUGAGGACUCAUUUGUGAUCACAAUUCGGGAGUUUCUUGGUCUUCAAAUAAAUCGGAAGUGUGUCGAAGAUCAGUGGAAACCGCCACCAGUUCCUGAUACUGUAACGAAGGAUAAACUUUAUGACCAGAAUGUUAUAGGCUACAUAAGCGGAUUUCUAGUCAAACAUAUGUCAAAAGAACCACUUGGCUGUGAAAUCUGUCGAUCUAACUUAAAGCACGAUGGGGAUCCAGAUAUACAGUAUCAUGGCUUGGUGGAAAAGAAAGAGUACGAUGAUAAAAACAGACGGUUACAAUAUACGAAUGUGGGGGUGAUUAAAACUCUGAUUCAGACUCAUAAUCACCUGCGCAUUCUUUUACCGUUAUUAAUCAGCUUUGUUUUGUGCAUACCAGAAGAAAAUGAUGGCUAUAUGAGGUUAAAUAUUCGAACAUUACCACUGAGAUAUAUUGUACUGUGA